GCCUGAUGCGGAGCUGCCGGAUUGUUGGCCGGUGGUCACCGGGGUGACGGUGAUCGGGAGGCGGCGCCAUGCAGCUGGCGGCGACGCUUCUUCAGUUUGCGGUGUGGGCGGAUGUGACUCAGGCUCGCUGGAAAGCCUCCCACGUGGUGAACACCACCAUUGGACAUUCGGUGACGUUGACACCCAACCUAAAAGCCCACCACCCUGAAAUUGUUCAGUGGGGUUACCGCCGGCAGAGUGCAGACUCCACUGUCACCCUGUGCGAGAAGCUGGGCAACAGAAGCAGAGUUUGCCUCCCGCCCUUCGACACUCAAAUGGAGAUGCUGCCUGACUACGGGCUCCGGCUGUUCGCUGCCAAGCUGUCAGACAGUGGUCUGUACCGCGCGGUUGUGUGGUACAUCUGGGAUGAGAUGAUUCGCAGUGUCGUACAGCUGCAGGUUUAUGAGCCGGUGGGGAAUAUCUCAAUCCUGGUGACCCGAGUGGAGGAGGACAAGGCCUGCCUGCUGCACUGCAUGGUCAAGCGUGGCAGUGGGUUGCAAUUUGUUUGGCAAGCUGCCGGCUGUGAACUCAACUCUGAGCAGCUGCACAACGUCAGCAACAAAGGCAGUUACACCAUCGUCUCCAUCAAUGUUGUGGAUGCCAUCAGCCGCUUGCUGUACCGUUGCACUGUCUCUAACCCCAUCAGUGAGCGGAGCAUGGAGAUCAAUCUGAAGCAGGACUGUAGUCCAGAGUUUGAUACGAAGUCUUUACCUAUCUGGGCCUUGGUAGUGAUUGGAAUUUUUGGCUUUAUCCUGAUAGUCUUACUGAUUCUUUGCUGCUUCUUAAACUGGUGCAGAGACGUGAGAUGGUUCUUUCGUAGCAGACGAGAAUGGUUCAGUCCGCCAGUCACCCAGUAUCCUGUUUUUGGCUUCGUCAUUCCACCGCCUGCUGAAAAUCCAGAAAGUGGGUGAGCAUUCCCGAAACGCUGCUUAUGCACACCUUGCUCAGCCGAGCUCCUGGGACUACAGCAAUCCCCUUACCAGUCCCAACCCCCGUUCUAUGAUUGACACAACUGAGGAUGAGCUGGGCAUCAGUUGAGUGCACUCAAUUUACUUCCAAGGUGCCGCUCAUAUGCUUGGUUUGAAUUUGCUGCAUUGUUUCUCCAGUAAACAGCAUUUUUUCAACUCAUAUUGAGUGUCUUGACUCAGAAGGGAUGUUCGGGAAGGGAGGGGUCAUGCCACACUGCUGUUCUGGGCACUACGUACCUGCAUUUUGUGAUGAGAAAUCACAAAAUCACAACUCUGAUGAGUGGAUAAGAAACAUAACACCCAGCCUCUCUGCUGGGGACCUACAGACUAUGAUACCAGCUGAUUUAGUAUGGGAAUCUUUGGUGAAUUCAGAAUUAGAGAGCAGGGCCUGUGGUUGGAUAGAAGUUUUAUCUGGGAUUAUUUGUGAGACCAUGUUCAGAUUAAAGACUAGUGUCUUGGGAUGGGGUGUGGUCGGGAUUCAUGGUCUAAGGUUGAAUGUCUUGAGCUGGACUGGAGACAUACUGUGGGAUUUAGGAGCGAGAGUCCAGAGUUGAUAGGAGUCAAGUCUGGAAUUAGGGGUCUAAAUCUAGGAUGGAGUAUCUGCUGGAGUGGGGCCAUCUGCAGUUGAGGAUCACAGUCUGUGGUACAUAUGUGAAUUAGAGGUAGGGACCAGAGUAUGAUUGUGUAUUAGAGUUUGGAUCAUUCAUGAUUUAGGAAUGGGAAUCACAGUCUAGUAUUAGGGAUCAGAGAAUGAUUCAGGAACUGGGAUAAAGAAUAAAAGACAAAAGUCUGGGGUUAGUGAUUGGGGUUGUGUCAGGAUGUUAAACUUUCGGUCAGUUUCUUGGAUUCAGGGUCAUAUUUACGGAUUAAAGAUCAGCAUAUCCAGAUGAAGCAUCGAGGGUGACUAAUAUUCUGACAGGCAGGUUUGCUAGAGUUAUUGGAGAGGUUUAAACUUAGUUGGCGGGGGGGGGGGGGUGUAGGGACUGGAGUGAUAGAGGAUGAGGCAGGUGGUAUACAAGUAGAUGCAAUGUGUAGUUUAGAAAGGGAUAAGAAUUUACUGUAACAUGGCAAAAUUGAAAAAGAUGAUGAAUACAGGACUGAAGGUGCUAUAUUUGAAUGCAUGUAGUUUACGGAAUAAAGUAGAUAAUCUUGUAGCGCAGUUAGAAAUUGGCAGGUAUACUGUUGUGGACAUCAUAGAAACUUAGAAAAUAGAUGCAGGAGUACGCCAUUCAGCCCUUCGAGCCUGCACCGCCAUUCAGUAUGAUCAUGGCUGAUCAUCCAACUCAGAACCCUGUACCUGCUUUCUCUCCAUACCCCCUGAUCCCUUUAGUCACAAGGGCCAUAUCUAACUUCCUCUUAAAUAUGGCCAAUGAACCAGCCUCAACUGUUACCUGUGGCAGAGAAUUCCACAGAUUCACCACUCUCUGUGUGAAGAAGUUUUUCCUCAUCUCAGUCUUAAAAGGCUUCCCCUUUAUCCUUAAACUGUGACCCCUCGUUCUGGACUUCCCCAACAUCAGCAUCACUGAAUCAUAUCUGAAAGAAGGCCAUAGUUGGGAGCUCAGCAUAGAUAUUGUAACAAUGGGGUAGGCAGAAAGGGUGCAAUGGUUCCGUUAAUAAUAAAUCAAGUCCUUAGGAAAAGGUACCUAUUGAACCGAAGAUAUAGAAUCCUUGUCGGUAGAGUUAAGAAACCCCAAUGGGAGUUAUAUACUGGCCUCCGAACAGUAGCCAGGAUGUGCGAUAAUAAAAGACAAUGUCAUAAUAGUCAUGAGGGAUUUCACUAUGCAGAUAGAUUGGGAAAAUCAGGUUGGUUGGAUCCCAAGAGAAUGGAUUUGUAGAUUGCCUAUGAGAUGGUUUUUAGAGCAGCUUGCGGUUGAGCCACUCAGGAUAAAGGCAAUUCUGGAUUGGAUGUUACGUAAUGAAACCAAUUUGCUUAGGGAGCUUAAAUAAAGGAAGAUGCAGGAUAGAUACAUCCCAAAGAUGAAGUAUUCUAAAUGGAGGAUGAGACUACCAUGGAAGUCAAAGAAAGGAUGAAAGCAAAAGAGAGGGCAUAUACAGUACUGUUCAAAAGUGUUAGUCAUGUGCAGUAUAUAUAGCUAAUGUAAGUGCCUAAGAUUUUUGCACAAUGCUGUAGCAAUUUUAAGUAUUACACUGUAUUGCUGCCACAAAAAACAUCAUGACAUAUGUGAAUAAUGAUAACCCUGAUUCUUGUCUGAGGGUGGGAAGGGAGAGGGAAUUCAUGGUUGGGAGAGGAAGGGAGUAGGAAGCACCAGAGAUGCAUUCUGUAAUGAUUAAUCAACCAAUUGUUUGGAACCAAGUAACCUUGCCUUGUGUCUCAGGGCUGUGUGUGUGUCUGCACCUGUACCAACUCCGGCCUUAGCACUCCUUCACUGCCACCUAUCCCAUACCCUUCCUGUGGCACUCCACACUUGCCAUUCCUUUGCUGCCACCAUAUUUACAAACACACUUUGUGCUUCACAUUGACAAAUACAGUACCGUGCAAAAGCCUUGAGCAUAUGUGUCUAGCUAGGGAGCCUAUACAUGUGCCUAAGACUUUUGUACAGUACUGUAAUAUAGCACAAACUAGUAGGGAGCUAGAAGAAUGCAAAGCUUUUAAAACACAAUAAAAAACAAAAAAAACAAUAAGAGGAAAGAGUAAAUAUGAAAGUAAGCUAGACAAUAAUAUUGUGAUGCUCGAGGGGGGGCAUGAUCAACAACCUGCCCUGCAUCUCUAAUGGCUAGUACUGUUUAUUGUUCUUCUGUUAAAAUGCUUUUGUGGGAUUAUGGUGGGAAGUUCCAGUUCAUUUGUUGUUACAUUUUAGCUUGAUUUAUACAGUCAUUUGUUUGUCUUUUUGAGGGUCAUUCUAAUUGUAACCGGGGUGUGUGAUGGUCACCUCCUCAUCUGUAUGCGACUGGUUGGGUUCUCUCUCCGGAUCACGGUGCCUGGUCUGUUUUGUGUUUAUCACAAUAAAACAAUUGUUG